AUGGCAGAAUCACAUCACGUAUCGAUCUUGGACCAUUUCGACGACUUGGACGACCCACGGGUGGAACGGACCCGACGCCACCAGCUGGUGGAUAUUCUAGCCAUCGCCAUCUGCGCCGCCAUCUGCGGAGCCGAUUCCUGGGUCCAUGUGGAACUCUUCGGCAGGAGCAAGCUGGAAUGGUUUCAAACCUUCCUGGAAUUGCCCAACGGCGUCCCCUCCCAUGACACCUUCGGCGAUGUCUUUGCGCGUCUGGACCCAGCCCAAUUCCAGAACUGCUUCGUGUCUUGGACCCAGGCCAUCGCCGAACUGCUGCCCGGUGAGGUGGUCGCCAUUGACGGCAAGACGGCCCGACGGUCCUACGACCGGGCGGGGAGCAAGGGAGCCAUGCAUCUGGUCAGCGCCUGGGCCACGCAGAACACCCUGACGUUGGGGCAGGUCAGGACGGCGGAGAAGUCCAAUGAGAUCACCGCCAUUCCCCAACUGCUGGACUUGCUGGAUCUGCACGGCUGCAUCGUGACCAUUGACGCCAUGGGCUGCCAGCGGGAGAUUGCCCAGCAGAUCACAGACGGCGGGGCCAAUUACGUCCUGGCGGUGAAGGAGAACCAGGGUCAACUCCACGAGGGCAUCCGAGACCUGUUCGAGGGGGCGGAGGCGUUGGGCUUUGACGGGGUGCCCUACGACUACUCCCAGACCGUGAACAAGGGACACGGACGGGUGGAACGGCGGGAAUGCUGGACCAUCACCGCGACGGACUGCCUGGACUACAUCAACCCUCACGGGCAAUGGCCCCAACUGAAGGCCGCCAUCAAAGUGGUCGGCCAUCGUGAGACCGCAGCCGGCGCGAUCAGUCAACCUCGCUACUACAUCAGCAGCCUGCCAGCCCCAGCAGGACAACUGCUGGCUGCCGUCAGGAGCCAUUGGAGCAUCGAGAACUCACUGCACUGGACUUUGGAUGUAACCUUUCGAGAAGAUCAGUGCCGAGUGCGCAAAGACCACGGGCCGCAGAAUCUGGCCACCCUGCGUCAGAUCUCCCACAAUCUACUGAAAAACGAAAACAGCCUCAAAGUGGGCAUCCAGGGCAAACGGCUCAACGCCGGUUGGCGUGAAGACUACCUACUAAAAGUACUCCUCGGAUAA